AUGGGCGCCUACAAGUACAUCGAGGAGCUGUGGCGGAGGAAGCAGAGCGAUGUGCUCCGCUUUCUCCUCCGCGUGCGGUGCUGGGAGUUCAGGCAGCUGCCCGGCAUCGUUCGGCUGAACAGGCCGUCGAGGCCGGACAAGGCCCGCCGCAUGGGCUUCAAGGCUAAGCAGGGCUAUGUCGUGUACCGCGUGCGCGUGCGUCGCGGCGGCCGCAAGAGGCCCGUGAGCAAGGGCAUCGUGUACGGCAAGCCCGUGAACCAGGGUAUCACGCAGCUCAAGGCCAGCCGCAACCUGCGCAACGUGGCGGAGGAGCGGGCGGGCCGCAGGCUGGGUGGGCUGCGCGUGCUCAACAGCUACUGGGUCAACGAGGACUCUGCCUACAAGUACUUUGAGGUCAUCCUGGUGGACCCCAACCACAACGCCAUCCGCAACGACGCGCGCAUCAACUGGAUCCGCCGCGAGCUGCGCGGCCUGACCUCUGCCGGCAAGAAGUACCGCGGCCUGCACGGCAAGGGCAGCCGCUACAACAAGAACGCCCCCUCCAAGCGCGCCACCUGGCUCAAGCACAACAGCCCCAGCCUGCGGCGCUACCGCUAG